GGUGGUAGUGAAUGGCCUGACAGUCCGUAAACAUAACAGUUCCGCGCGGACGUAAUUGCGCGAGGAUGGCAGACGCAGACUUACCGGAGGACACGCUGUCCGAGGAGGAGAGGGAGUUUCAGAAGAUUAUAGCUUUGAUCGGAGGUAAAGAGAGGAUUUAUCUGGUGAGCGAUGCAUGUAAAAGUAAAGAGGUGGACGGGGAUGAUGACGCUGGAAUAAUGCGGGAGUUUAUUCGUGACAUGUUUAACAACAACACCCCGGAAAUCAGCAACGGGGAGCCCCAAACCAAUCCGCCAAGCAGCCACGUCGAUGCUGCUAGUGCGAAACCCAUUUGCGGCAAGGAGGCUGUAAACAGCAACGAUAUACCUCUAAUAGCGAGGCCCCAGGAUUUCGAAUUGGGAGAGGACGGUGUGAAGGAAAAGCGACCAACGCGCAACUGCAACGCUCAAAGAAUAGCAACGAGGAGGGCAAACAUUUACAGCCUGAAGCGAACUAUAGACUCUCCUAUCAUCAUAUUCAUCUUCAGACAGACAUUUAUCAGCAAAACGUCUAACGAGCUGUGCUUAAAAGAGACGUUGAAGGACGUAAGAGCACGCACAAAACGUGCCAGAAUCGCCCGACCAGCUCUGAUUGGAUUAAUACGCACCAGACAGGAGAGCGCCGAGACGCAGCAGUGUGCGCAACUCCUGGAGCGUCUGAUCCGCUCAGUGUUCCACAAACAGUCACCAGAGACAAUAUGGGUGGGCUGUUUCAUCCCGAAGACAGAGGCCAAAAUGCUCAGCAUCAAGAAAAAUACCUGCAAAGUUAUACAUUCAUCUCAAACAGCAGAUAAUACCAGGGAUAGAGGGAACCUGCUUUUCUGGCCAUUCCAAUGUUUGUUCUGGGCUCAGAGAAGAGGCCAGGCCAACAACUCUUCAACUGGCAGGCAAAGAGGAGACAAUGGAAGUAGAGAAGAAGGCAUCCCUCUGAAAACCAUUUCCUUGUCUGUGGGGCCUCAUGUCGAUGGAGAGUCAGCUGCAGGAGACAGCUGAUGUCGUGACACAUGACCUGUGGCUACAGGCAUAUCUCUGUAGACAAUCCUGUUGUAACUGUGAAGAUUUAGUUGGUCUUGUGGUGCUACAGAGCCUUAAUACAUGUUACAGUGUUUCUUCAUAGUGUUAAAUGUUCCCACCGCUGAGCCAACAGGAUUCUUGUCCUGAAGCAGUUGUUGCUUAAUAAGUCAAACAAUAACCAUCCUGCUGAUUUACACAUUGUCUUUGAUGCACAAUUGGUUAGUCAACUGUAAGUCAUUUGUUUUAUACAGGUAGGUGUUGAGCAUGCUUGACUGUAAGCUUGCUGCACCUCCAAUGGUACCUGUUUGGUUGGAUAUCAAAUCAUUUAACACACUUUAGGCCUAGAUAGAUAUUUGUCUGUUAUUUAGUACAUGUUUGAACUGCAGAAUGGCUAGGCUACAGUCAAAAACUUACAGCAAAAGUACUCUUUUGACAUGACACAUAUUCCAGUCCAGGGCUGCCUGCACGGCCCCAGAGCUCCAGGUGACUCAAAAAGCCCAGUCUUAUUGUGUGUCAUGUGGUUUGUGCUAAUUGGAUUGACAGUUUAAUUGAGAAUAUACUACAUCAUAACAUCAGCUGACACAAUAAGAGCCUUAAGCGGGGCCUGCCUGCUGCAUGAGCCCCCCCCCAACACACACAUACACAUACACACACACACACACACACACACACACACACACACAACCCCCCACUCAGAUUCCACAGCAGGUUAAUCCAGCAGCCAUCUUCAAGUGUUAAAUGUGAAAUUUUAAAUUUUGUCUUCUUUUUUUCCCCACAUUCAUCUGUUAGAACUGUGUGCCUUAGAUGACUGCUAUUAACAGUAGCAUUAUCUUCAAUAGAAGUAUAAAACUGCUUUUCACCUUUAAAAGGGUGGUUCAGAUUUUUUUUAAGUGGAGUUGUAUGGGGUACUUAUCUAGAGACAGUAUAUUACAUACAGUAGACAUCAGUCAGUAUGCCCCCAGUUUGGAGAAGCAGGCUGGUGUCAGACACAAAAGCUAAGAACAGUAUUGCUGUGGAUGGGGGUCAGCAACAAAGCGUACUUAAGCCUUCUCAUAAAAAAAUCCCACUUGAAAAAAUCAAUAUCAGUUUAGUGUACGCUAUAUUGAAAGUAUUUUCACCUCUUUACCUUAGUGUCAGAGAGCUGGUUCCAACAGGGAAGCUGUCAAUGGCUUCAGUUCCCCAUCUAUGCUCUCAUCAAAGCCACCAG